AUGAACAAAUACCCAGGCUGGAACCUAGACCUACGAUUGACGAAUUACAAAGACAGUCAUGGCCAUUAUCCUAUGGGCAUCCAUUUCAACUACUAUGGAGUCAACUCGGCGUUGAUGCCGGUGCGCGAGACAGCCAUGCUGUUGGUCAUGGACCGUCUGACCGACAAACCAAACUGGCACACCAAGGUUUUUGAUGACGAGAUUGCUAAAAAGUGGAAAACCGAAGCCCUGGCCUGGCCGGACGAGGACCUGUGGGACCGCCUGAACAAUUGUCACGAGGACGGUGAGGACGACCUACGCAUACCGACCCCGAUCUUGGACAAGGAGUGCGUUGACUACUGCAUUCUGGAACUACGACACAAAGCCGAACACUUUAAGCGCACAAGGAUCACGCCUACUCUGGAUGCUACCUUCAGUAUCGCCAAAUCGGAUGAGCUAGUGCCCGAUGAGCUGCGAUCCACCCUACGCGAGUCCUUCGCCAUAUUGCAGGCCGACCAGGCGUCCAACCCGGAUUGGCACCCCAAUACCAACAAAACGGUGCAGGACCUCGUUCACCCAUCCAUGUACCCGCUCGUGUACGGUCGCUCGCUCUUUCUUCCGGAUGAGGUCGUGGGUGUUGAGGAUGCGGUCGACAAGUUCGCCGGGAAAGGGGAGGUGAUCCCGAGGCGGGCGGAAUGGGGCGACGAGCCGACCGAUGAAAAGAGAUGGCCGCCAGUGUUCUGGGGCGGUAGGGGGAUUGACAAGACCUUUUGGUCUACCGUAUACCAAUGGCUCCCCGCGAACGUCACAUUCACGGCCGACGGUGGCGUGCGGUUCACCAGCUACAUCAACAACCUACACCCGACGAAGUACCGCGGCAUUUAUAGCGCCGUCGAGAAGCUCAUCGAGACGGCGCUCCCCAUGUGGGACCAGUGCCUCGCACAGUCUACCGGCUACCAGCAUUACGAUGGUGCCGGUCGACACAGCCCUCGUUUCCCAGUGCCCCAGGAUCCAGACGACGAGAAUCCAGAUAACUGGGACAUAAAAUCAGCGGCCGAAAUGAUGGAAAUGGAAGCAGCCGCAAACCUGGAUGAGGAAUUACUGGGGCAAACGGGGCUAUCCAACGAUGAGAGGAAAUCGACCGGGCAGCCAAAUUACGCCGAUCUGGAAGGUGAAGAACAGGCCGAAUUGGAGGAACGUUGGUAUGAAGCCCGCAAGCCGAUUCAGCUUCGGCCGCCAGCCUUUUCCACGAGCAAAGUCGACUAUGCCGUCGAUCCGAAGAAAACACUACGCGAAAUGUUCAAGGAUACCGGCCUCCAAAUCAUCGUCAAGAUGGCCUCCAUCGAGCUCACACCCGAGAAUCCCGAGUUCUCGCCCGGCGGAUGGCACGUCGAGGGGCAGAUGAACGAACACAUUGUCGGCACGGCGCUCUACUAUCUCGACUCCGAGAACAUUACCGAGAGCCACCUCGACUUCCGCACUUUUACGACCCGUGAGCAGGAAGACGAGUUCGAAGUCGGACAGGACGCUUACCACUGGAUGGAGAGCAUAUACGGUGCCAGAUUUGGGUGCGGCAGCGGCAGCGCCUGCCUGCAGAGGUACGGCAGUGUCCUCACCCCUCCGGGCCGCUUGCUCGCCUUCCCCAACGUCUUCCAACACCGCGUCUCCGGCUUCCGGCUCGCCGAUCCGACCAAGCCGGGCCACCGCCGGUUCAUCGCGCUGUGGCUGGUCGACCCCAAGAUGCGCAUCAUCAGCACGGCGAACGUGCCGCCGCAGCAGGACAGCUGGUGGGCUGAGAAAGCGUUUGGCGCAUCGUCCAGCGAGGGUAAUAAUGACUUGUCGGGCAUACCGCCGGAAAUCGCCCAGCUGCUGGUCGAGCGCGGCGUCGGCGGAGAUCAGCUUGCCGAAGCGCUGGCGGCGGGCAAGGCCGGCGAGCCGAAGCUACCGGUCGAGCUGCUCGCCAUGGUGAGGAAGGAGUUGGGAGAUGGGCUGCCGAUGAGCCGCGAGGAGGCCGAGGAGCACCGUCUGAAAUUGAUGACGUCCCGUUCGGUGUUUCAGGACGCGGCCAGGACCAGAUGGCAGCACGAAACGUACAGCUUUUGUGAGCAUUAG